AUGCUCUUCGGAGAUAAUACAAUCUGGAGCAGCCGGGCAAGACACGGGCAUCACUGGACAGGUGACUGUGGUUUUUUAGCCUUGCCAGCAGCAGAAUGGGAGGAAUGCUUACUCAUCCCGGUGUAUGGUGCUUCAACGGUAUAUGAGAAGCAUGAUGCCGGGGUGGCCAAUGGAUUUGAUGCUGGGGUGACCAAUGGGUUUGACUCUGGCAACGGGUUCGAUGGGUUCGAUGGGUUCGACGGGUUCGACGGGUUCGACGGGUCGGAUGGGUUAGAUGGGUUGGACGGGUUCGACGCUGGCAAUGGGUUUGACUUUGGGACCAAUGGGUUGGACGGGUUGGACGGGUUGGAUGGGUUGGACGGGUUCGACGCUGGCAAUGGGUUUGACUUUGGGACCAAUGGGUUGGACGGGUUGGACGGGUUGGACGGGUUGGAAGGGUUGGAAGGGUUCGACGGGUCGGAUGGGUUCGAUGGGUUAGAGGGGUUAGAGGGGUUGGAUGGGUUAGAGGGGUUCGAUGGGUUCGACGGGUUGGACGGGUUUGAAGCCGGCAAUGGGUUCGAUGGGUUAGAAGCCGGCAAUGGGUUCGACCUUGGGACCAAUGGGUUUGACGGGUUAGAUUCCGGCAAUGGGUUCGACGCUGGCAAUGGGUUUGACCUUGGGACCAAUGGGUUUGACGGGUUUGAAUCCGGCAAUGGGUUUGAUGGGUUUGAAGCCGGCAAUGGGUUUGAUGCUAGGGCCAAUGGGCUUGACAAGACGAGCGCAAACUGGCUGACAAGAUAUUUAGUUCAGACGCCUUCAGAAACAGGGAGCCGAAAUACCUCGAGAUUGCCAAAGCAAUUACCACAGACUCUCGGAACAUAUUGGCAGUAUUUUGAUCAAGCAAUUUUUAGUGCAGCAGCUCAUCCAAGGCAGUGUCAUGGACGUCUUUAUAUGCGCAAUCUCGGAGGCCCUUUCCUUCCUCCUUAG